CCCUUUAAAUCUGCUCCCGGGACCACCUAGAGUCGCUCCGCUUUUCUGUCGGUUGGCAAUAAGUCGCCGGGGGUCACUGUUCGCGUCAGCGCGCCGCGAUCAGUCUCGCCGUUCCGCGUUCCUGCCCGAUCUUCCGCUUUUUCUCAGUUUUCCUCGUUCUCCAGCCAUGUAUCUGCUGUGUUUCUUUGUCCUGCUGCUCUGGAUCGGUCCGGCGCGCGGUUAUUUCCCGGAGGAGCGCUGGAGCCCGGAGUCCGCGUUGCUCGCGCCGCGGGUGCUGCUCGCGCUUGUCUGCCGCAACUCGGCGCACUCUCUGCCGCACGUCCUCGGAGCCAUCGACCGCCUCAACUACCCCAAAGACCGCCUGGCUGUAUGGGUGGCCACAGAUCAUAAUUCAGACAACACCACAGCGAUCCUGCGCGAAUGGCUCGUAAACGUCCAGAACUUCUAUCAUUAUGUGGAGUGGAGACCUCAGGAGGAGCCCAGCGUCUAUGAGGACGAGAGCGGCCCGAAGCACUGGACGAACCUGCGAUACGAGCACGUGAUGAAGCUGCGUCAGGCGGCCCUCGACACGGCGCGGGAGAUGUGGGCCGACUACUUUCUGAUGGUGGACUGUGAUAACCUGCUGACUAACCGGGAUGUUUUAUGGAAGCUGAUGCAGGAGAAUAAGACGAUCGCGGCGCCGAUGCUGGAGUCCAGAGCGGCGUACUCAAACUUCUGGUGCGGCAUGACAUCUCAGGGUUAUUAUAAGCGGACGCCGGCCUACAUGCCGAUCCGCAGGCAGGAGCGCAAGGGCUGCUUCGCCGUGCCCAUGGUUCACUCCACCUUCCUGCUGGACCUGAGGAAGGAGGCGUCCCGCGAGCUGGCCUUCUUCCCGCCGCAUCCCGACUACAGCUGGGCCUUCGACGACAUCAUCAUCUUCGCCUUCUCCGCGCGCAUGGCAGAGGUUCAGAUGUACAUCUGCAACAGAGAGACUUAUGGGUAUUUCCCCGUGCCCCUGCGCUCCCAUAAUACCCUGCAGGACGAGGCGGACAGUUUCCGGCACUCGCUGCUGGAGGUUAUGGUGCGCAAUCCUCCAUCAGAGCCGUCCGUGUAUCUCUCUCUUCCUCCGAAACAGCCGGAUAAAAUGGGCUUCGAUGAGGUGUUUAUGAUAAACCUGCUGAGGCGUUCGGACCGCAGAGAGCGCAUGCUGAGGACUCUGUACGAACAAGAGAUCGCGUGCAAGAUUACUGCAGCUGUAGAUGGCAAGGCGCUGAACAUCAGUCAGAUCGAGGCGCUGGGGAUCCAGAUGAUGCCCGGAUACAGCGACCCGUAUCACGGCCGUCCGCUCACUAAAGGAGAGCUGGGCUGCUUUCUGUCGCACUACAACAUCUGGACAGAGAUUGUGGAUCGAGGGCUGAAGGCGUCUCUGGUGAUCGAGGACGACCUGCGCUUUGAGGUUUUCUUUAAGCGGCGCCUGCAGAAUCUGAUGCAUGAGAUCGAGUCUCAGCGGCUGGACUGGGACUUGAUAUAUAUCGGCCGCAAGCGCAUGCAGGUGGACCGGCCGGAGAAAUCUGUGCCCAGAAUACACAACCUGGUGGAGGCUGAUUACUCGUACUGGACGCUGGGAUACACCAUCUCACUGCGCGGCGCUCAGAAGCUGCUGCGGGCCGAACCGCUUCGAAACAUGCUGCCGGUGGACGAGUUUCUGCCCGUCAUGUACAACAAACACCCCAUGUGAGAGAAGAGCUAUCUCUUCAUACAGCCGUAUCAUUAUUACUAG